UAUUGUAGAAAUGGUGUAUUUUGUCGUGCAACUAUGUGACACUGCCUCAAUACACCCUCUAAAGUCAGCAGACCUCAGAUCAGAGCUUCUUUUAACAGAAAAGAAGAUAUUAAGACAUACUAAUAAGACAUAUGGAAUAGCUAAUUAUGCCAAUUAAAGGAUACACAUCUUAACAAUAUAUAGGCUUUAUGUAAUUAUGUAAAGUAAAAAAAAAUCGACAAAAGUUUCAAAUAUUGUUCACCAACAUCCAUGACUGAAGAAAGCAUACUAUUAUUGUAAGUGUCCGGUGUACAGAUAUACUCCGUGGCGAGCCUAUGGCUCCUCACCUCAAAUAUUACUGUUAUUAAAUAUAUGUUUGAAUACGUUGAUACAAUAGCUGUAUCUUUCCUUUUUACAGCUGUUUAUUUGUCUUAUUGUACUAUUAUCCCUUUCUCCUAUUCGCCUACAUGUUUUUUUCCCGUAAUUAUGUGGUUCUAUUUGAACUAAUGUCUAAAUCAAAUGGUAUUUGGCAGUCAUAUGGACUUUAAUAUCUUUAUGUUUUACCCAAUUAUACAAACAUACUAAUAACAAAUAGAACAUGGGGAAGAUAAAAUGUUCUCGGAAAAAAAUGAGUUGGCUGCUUAUGGGAAAAAGAUUGACCCAGUUUCUCACUUCUCACAUCAUUGGUCUGACGCAUACAGUGGGGCGUGGUCUCUAAGCGAGGAGACGGAAAUAACGAGUUCGUGGUCUCCGAUUGGUUUCAAUAGUGGCGUUCUUUGACGUACUCUGCACACCAUUGGCCAGUCUUAACGUUGUCCCGUGCUGAUCUUUUGUUCGACCAAUCACAGAGCGCUUUUCACUCGGCUCAUUCAGACAAUUCACGGUUUAUAUGUGUUUGUGUUACACAUGCUGACCGCAGAUAACUACAGUAGCCUAUUGCGUGCUUCUUAUGUUGAAAGUUGUCUCAUAUAAGCCCCGCGUUUUAUACUACUUCCUACUUCACCUUUAAGGGAGCAGCUUUUCACCACGGUGCCUGAUACUCUCGCUCACCUGUUUGCCACUUUUCAAUCACUAUGGCUACGCGGGUCCGACCGAGCAGUAAACAAUGUGCAGUCAUCGGGGGGUCUGGCUUUCUCGGCAGACACUUGGUGGAAAAGCUGUUGGAUCGAGGCUACUCAGUUUCUGUGUUUGACAUCCGCCAGAGCUACGAACUGCCUGGUGUCACAUUCCACCAGGGAGACCUCUGCGACAUUCAGGCUCUGCUGUCAGCGAUGAAAGAUGUGUCCCUGGUCUUUCACUGUGCCUCCCCAGCUCCUUCCAGUGAUGACCGCAGGCUAUUUGAGAGGGUCAACAUCCAGGGCACGCGCACCGUAAUUGAGGCCUGCCUCGAGGCUGGAGUACAGAAACUGGUCCUGACAAGCAGCGCCAGUGUGGUAUUUGAAGGGAAGGAUGUUAAGAAUGGGAGAGAGGAUCUACCAUACGCCAAGAAGCCAAUCGACUAUUACACAGAGACCAAGAUUGAGCAAGAAAAGAUGGUCCUUGAGGCUUUUGACAAGGAGAAGGGUUUCCUAACAGUCGCCAUCCGGCCUCAUGGCAUCUUUGGCCCUCGGGACCCACAGCUGGUUCCUAUUCUAGUGGACAUGGCUCGCAGGGGCAAGAUGAAGUUCAUCAUUGGUGAUGGGACCAAUCUGGUGGACUUCACCUUUGUGGAGAAUGUAGUUCAUGGCCACAUCCUGGCCGCUGAAUGCCUGAGGCCAGACUCCCCCAUAUGUGGAAAAUCAUACCACAUCACCAACGACGAGCCAGUUAGAUUCUGGGACUUCAUGUCUGAGGUCUUAGUGGGUCUGGGAUAUGCCGCUCCCCGCUACCAUCUCCCUUACACUCUUGUGUACGGCCUGGCCUUGCUCCUCUGGCUGCUGGCCCUGCUCCUGCGCCCUCUAUUGUCCUUUAAACCCACCUUUACACCAAUGAGAGUGUCUCUGGCUGGAACCCAUCACUACUACAGCUGUGACCGUGCCAAGCGGGACCUUGGCUACAAACCGAUAGUCAGUCUGAAGGAUGGCAUAGCACGCACUGUGCAGAGCUACCCUCACCUCAGACAAGGAGCUUGAGGGUGAAAUGCAGGCGAAGUCGUUGAGACAUGUAAUGCUAAACAGUAACAAUCACUCUCAAAAUAGGUGAUCCUGAAUGGACAAUUGUAAUAUGAGGGAAUGGAAAGUGUAUCUAAAUAUCCCAAUGUAAAGCAAAUUGGUGCCUUUUCAACGUUUAUGUACAAUUUUCACCAGCAUAUGGAGGCAAGUCAUUUUGAUUUGAGUCAACACACUGCUAGCCAAAGUUUUACAGCACGGAGUGAACAGUUAAAACCACCAUUUAAGACACUAUAUAUAUAUAAUAAUCUUACACUGAAAGUGGCAAAGACUUAUAUUGAGAAAUAUUGUUUCAUGUAUUAAUUUUGUGCUGUGCACACAUUGAGAUGUUGCUGUUUAUGUCAAAUUGCCUUAAGACAUUCCAAUCAAAAAUAAUUCUCCCACACCUCGCUUGAAGAUAUUGUUUAAAAUGACUGACUCUACAUUACAUUAUGUGAACUGGGAUAUUUGCAUUUUGGUCAAACUUUUGGCAACAGUUUGGGGUUGUCCCUUGUGACCACCGUCACAUGCAUGAAGAAAGUGUUCUGAGCUUUGUGUUGAAGCGCUGACCUCAUCCCCAUCCAACACCCUUAGGAUGAAUAUGAAUGACAACUGCAAGCCAAGCCUUUCCCCAGGUUUCAAAAUCUUGGGGAAAGGCCUAUUAGAAGAGUGGACGCUGCUAUAUUGAGCAGGAUAUUACUGCUUAUAACUUAGUGUGGGUUCACCUUUCUCAAAUCUGGCCGAAGACGAUACAUGCCUAUCGUCAGAUAAAAAAAUAUUUUGAUGACCGUUAAAGCAGCCAACUUUCUUGUCCAUACUGAAAAUGAAAGGAUCUCUUCCUCAUGGAAUUUAUAAUGCAACAAGUGGGCAACAAAUCCAGGGGUUGUUCACUCUAUGCACAAAUGUAUAUCAAAGUUCAGCCAAAGCUAAUAUGAAACAUUACUAGUUCUUUUGAUAGACAAAUCAAUCCAAACCUACUGUGUACAAUUGCAACAUUCCCUCUGUGGAUAAUUUUUCCUCCAAGAAAAACAAGCUAAACAAGGAAAUGCUUUAAUAAGGGUUUAGGUUGCCUACUUGAUAUGACUAAAUCAGGAUGUGUGUUAGAUGUGCAGUAAGAAUGGUUCUUCCUUGAUGGUAUGGAUAGAGGGAAUGUUUGCAGUGAUUAACAAUUUACAUGUGGAAGUGGUUUAUGCAUACGUAACACAUUUUUUACAUUUUCCAAACAUUGUACGUCCAUGCUGAUACUGUAUCAUCCGAAUGGCAUGCUUUUUCUAGGAGUUACAAUCAGUGUUAAAAUACUGUGAUGGGAUGGGCAAGGAAAAGGCAUCGAAGGCUUUCUCAAUCCUUCCAUUUUUACAUUCCAGCUGUCAUUUGUUUUUUAUGAUGACAGUUGUUGUGGCUGGAUUUCUUCCUUUUUGGUCCAUUCUGACUGAUCUCUUAACCUGAUGCAUAUAAACUCGUUUCUCUCUCCUAUCUGACUGCUGGUGAGACGCCACAGGAUACUCACCCUCUGGACCUCAGAAAUCAAACACCCACAGCACACAGAGAGUUUGGAUCAGAGUUCAAUUCACGUAGAUUUAUUUGUAACCAACAGUUUCACAAAUAAACCUGAGCUGGGUGCGGUAUUAAAGACAAGAACCUCCUCCACAUCUGUCUUUCCCAACCCCCGAAAAAACAUAUUGACAUAUUAUUUAUACCAUCACACUCCAUGCAUGUGCCGCCUUCGUCCACUCGUCCAUUGGAGGUUUCUUGCUGAUGUCUCCCUCCUCGUUACUUCUCUUAUCGCUAUUGUGUCUAAGCCUCCAUUGCACAUUGCAGUCUCCUCUCUACCGGUUAAUACUGGACCAGCACAACGCCGCUGUGGCGUUGUUGAACCUUGUCUGAGGGGAGAGAGUUAUGUGUGCCCUCUCAAUCAUCUUUGUAGAUGUAAUUUAAGCCUAAUAGAACACAAUGGAAAAGUUUAAUAUACACUAUGUAUAUAUGUUGUAGAAGCACACCAUGUGAAACAUUUAAACCACCACACAGUUAUAAAACUGACAAACA